UUGCAUCUGCAAAUAAAACUAUAGCCGUCAAAAAAACUCUCUGAGUGCUAGGGUUUUGCAGAAAGAAUCGAUUUUUUGUGUAAUUGAAAGAAAGAUGAUGAGUUGGGGGUUGAACUACGUGGGCAUGGACUAUUCGAGGAAGGCAGUUGGUAGGGGGGACUUGUUUGAACCGGUUAAGCCCCAGAGAAAGACGGAGAAGAAGGCCAAGAAUCAUAGGAACAAAGACAAGAGGGGGACAAUGGGACAAGGCCAUAAGGCGAAGGAGAAUGUUGUACCCAAUUAUGUUACUGUCCCCAGCUCGAAAAACCGUGUUAACAAGAAGUGCUUCCAGCAAGAGAAGGGAAAAGCGGAAGCAAAUGGAUGGUUUGUUAAAAAUGGAGAAGAUGAAGGUAAUAAGCUGGAGAAAAGUGACAUUACCGAAGAGCAUGAGCUGCCAAGCUGUGCUGAAAACAAUUGCUACUUGUCUGAUGGCAACCAAGGUGGCAAUAAGAGGAAAAGGCCUUUGAUCAUUCGCUUUAAAUUGCGAAAGCCCAGUGAACCAGAUGCCUCACUUGCGCCCUCUUCUUCUGGAAUGACACAUUUCCUCCCUCCAGAAAGGUCAGAAGUUGUUCCUGCACCCAAUCAACCUCAUAGUUCGGAGGCAACUGUUGGAGUUGCAUCCAAUUGUGACCAAGAGUUGUCUUGUCCAACAACAGAGGGGUUCAAAAUGACCGGUGAAAAGAGAAUUGGGAGAGAAGAUACAGAGUGUGCAAAUGUGAUGGAGAAUUGGAUUCCACCUCCGUUCCAAUUUACCCUCCAUGAUGCCGAUGACGAAGAAUGGCUCUUUGGGACAGCGUCACAAAACAGACGCCGGUCUAAAAGAUCUAAAGCUGACAGUGAGGUCUCAUGUCGUACAGGCAGCACGCAGUGGCCGAAAGCACAAUUGUUGCCUGAGGCCGGCAUAUAUGCAUUGUCCUACACGGUUCCGUUCUAG